CCGCCGGAUCCCACCGGGCCACCGCGCUGCCACCGCCCGGGAGCCGCCUGCGACACGUGCUCCCACUCUGUCCGUGUUCUGGGAACUGCGGGCUCGGUCUCGCGUGCGGGCCUGACUGGGCCAUGGCGGUGGCUGCGGCGGAAACGCGCGUGUUCCUGGAAGUGCGGAGACGGCUACAGAGCGCGCUGCUAAUCCUGGGUGAGCCAGAUGAAGGAGGGAUGCGCCUGGACAUUUCUAUAAUGCCCACCUCUCUCUUAAUGCGAACCCCUGAUGGCUGCACCGAGAUCCAGCUUCCAGCAGAGGUCAGGCUUGUGCCUUCCUCGUGCAGCGGCUUGCAGUACAUCAGAGGAGAUGGGUUGCAUCUGCGUCUGCAGGCCCAUACUGAAUCGAGCCCAGAACUGACUUCGGUGUUUAAUCAAAGCUUGCAAGCCCAAGAAUGUUGCACAUUUUAUUGCCAAUCCUGUGGUGAAGCCACGAUAAAGGACAGGAAGCUCCUCAGGGUACUCCCACUGCCCAGUGAGAACUGGGGUGCUCUGGUUGGAGAGUGGUGCUGUCAUCCAGACCCCUUUGCUAAUAAGCCUCUACAUCCACGAGAAAAUGACUGUUUUACUGGGGACACUUUCUUCUUAGUGAAUUUGAGAAGUGAUUUGGAGCAGGAACCAAAAGCAAAUACCAAAGUCAUUUGUAAGCGUUGCAAGGUUGUGUUGGGAGAGACCGUAUCAUCAGAAACAACUAAAUUUUACAUGACAGAGAUAAUUAUUCAGCCAUCUGAGGGAAGUUUUCCUAACAUACCAAGGUCUCAGUUUGUUCAGAGUGUUGUUGCCCAGUGCCUGGUGGAGCUUUCCUCUACAAGAAGCACUUUUAGAUUCACGAUUCAAGGUCAGGAUGGCAAAGUGUACAUCUUGCUCUGGAUUUUAAACUCAGACAGUUUGGUGAUUGAACAGCUGAGAAGUUCCAGGUGUGUCAGGAAGUUCCCGCUGUUGGAAAAUGCAUCAGAAGCUGACUCCCGCUCUGCCUGGAAUGCAGUCAAAGUCCUCUACCAGCCCUGCAUCAAAGGCAGGAAUGAAGAGCUUGCCAGCUCAUGGGAAAAUGACAUCAGUGUCCACCCUUUAACUUUGCCCUCUGCAACCUGCCUGGAGCUACUGCUGAUGCUGUCGAGGAACAACGCCUCACUGCCUCUGUCCCUUCGCCAAAUGAAUUCCUUUCAGGUGGCCUUUUUGAAGAUAUAGCUGUUGAAGCUUGUAACACGAAAAAAAAUAAAAGACCCAGAGAUUGAUAUUGGGGUUCAAGCUUCAAGAUGAAGAUCAGAAAAGCAAAGCAGCUGGUCACUAGCUCUUACCUCUACCUCAACUCAGACCAAAGGGGCUAUCCUUAAACUGCUCCUGCCUUCACUACUCCUCAGACUGCUAUGCUUUCCUCAAAGUGGCUCGAGACUCCUGAGACUUCCUAUCCUCAAUGUGGCUGGAGAAUGAAUACCAGCUCUGAGACCCUGUUCCUGUCAUAGAUACCUCUCCCAAGCCCUGGGAUUGAGGGUGUCUACCACCACUGCCUGGUUUCUAUACUUUGAGAGGCUGACUUUCUUUCUGACUCCUCAGGCAAGCUUUACAUAAUCAUGAGUGACAUAUCACCACAGCCACUAAGGCUUUCUGGUCUACCAGCAGACAGCUCUCUGGCACAGAGCACAGCCAAGGUCAGGGGUCAGCUCUGUGAGCAUAGCCUGCCGAGAUGAAGGAGAAGCAGAGCUGCAGAAUGAGGCCCUUGUGCUCAAGGUUCCUGUUUGCUUGUCCACAUUUACUCUCUAAGCGUUGACAUUAGAUCCAUGCAAACCCAAGGCUAUGAGGAAAGUUAUAGUAGCAGGUUGUCGGCAGGUUAAGUAUAGAAGUUGCACCUCUACUUCCCACAGAGAGGAAUAUUCAAAUCUGUGCUGUGUCAGCACCACCUGGAAGCAUAUUAGGUAAUGGAAACCCAUCUGUCCUGUGUGAACCAUGAACCACAGCGAGGAACUUCGCUGGGGAGCUGAAUGUUAACUGCUGUAAAUCCUGGGAAACAAACUUUUAAAGAGCUCCGGGUUUGUUUAAAACACAUUUUUGAAAACUGAAAUGUAGAAGUUUUCAUAUCUUAUUCAAAGGAGGUGGUUGUUGGUGUUUGUUGAAUGAGUGAUUAUCCAAUUAAAGUUUUCCUGAGGGU